AUGACUACCAGCCUGUCGCAGGAAACCGCAUCUGUCCUCCGUGGGACGUUAGAUGCGACGACAUCGGGCCCAACACCAAGAAUUCCUGGUCUCGUCUAUUGCGCUGUAAACCGUGAGGGUGACGUCUUUUUCAGCCAUGCUUCAGGGAAGCGCGGAAUUGACUGCCCAGAAUCGAUGUCCUUAGAUACAGUGUUCUGGAUUGCUUCCUGCACAAAGCUGUUAACCAGCAUAGCUUGCAUGCAAAUGGUCGAGCAGGGCAAGCUGGCUCUCGAUGAUGUUGAACAGGUCCAAUCGCUCGCUCCAGAGUUGGAGGAUGUCCAAGUCCUUGAGCAGGAGACUGAUGGCAGCUUUCAUUUGGUGCCAAGAGACCGCGGUAUCACACUUCGAAUGCUCUUGAAUCAUACCUCUGGCUUUGGCUACGCCUUUGAGGAUCUGAAGCUUCGCGACUGGUCCCGCCCACUCGGCUUGGACGAUUUUUCCGGCCACGAGUCGGACGUUUUGUACCGGCCAUUAGUCAACCAACCAGGAACGAAGUUCCAGUAUGGCGUCGGGCUUGAUUGGGCUGGUGUGCUCGUGGAACGUGCCAGCAGUUUAUCUCUGGAAGAGUAUUUUCAGCAGUUCAUUCUGCGACCUCUUGGGAUUGAAUCGAUCACUUUCUUCCCCUCUAUGGAAAUGAAAAUGAACCUGGCUUACAUGCAUCAACGAGAUAAGGAUGGUGAAUUAAGUGUCACUGACCAUCUUUAUCGAUAUCCUCUUCUCCCGUGCAAGCCUGGAAUGGAAAAGCAGAGGUUCUGCAUGGGAGGUGCAGGCUGUUUUGGGAAACCCGUUGAGUAUUGCAAGAUCAUCGCAACACUUCUAAACGACGGCACAGAUCCCAAAACAGGAACCCAGCUCCUGAAGCCAGAAACAGUAAAAGAGAUGUUCACCGAUCAAAUUCCAGAUAUGCCUCGGUAUUGUAACGAAUACACACCAUCGGGAAAGCCGCUUCUUGCGAACCCUUGCCCUUUGGUACCCUGUGAUGAUGACCUGACCGAGGGCUGGGGGUUGUCCUUCUCCAUCAGCCAUCGCAAAAGCCCAACAGGUAGGGCAGCGGGAUCUGCUUCUUGGGAAGGAUUAGCAAAUUUGUUCUGGUUUGCGGAUCAAGAGAAUGGUGUUGGGGCUAUCAUUGCAUCUCAGAUUCUUCCAUACGGAGAUCUCGAAGUGUUGGGGUGCAUGGAGGAGGUGGAGAAGAUGAUAUAUAAUGAGUUGAAAUCCGGAAAGGCGUAA